GAGAGAUGGUUUUCCCCAAUACUUACGUAUCGUUACACGUUCCCAUUUCUCCACCAUAUAGAGCUCAGUAACCUGGGGAAAUCGAAAGAGAAUGAAGCCAAUUAACGAAUACAAUACCGACUUGACUUGGCUUCCCUGUGGAAUACGCACCAUGAGGUAUCUGAACCACCAGUAGCUGGCAAACUCCACAACAUUGUCGAGAAUCAUGUUGCUCAUUUCGAUAAAUUCAAACAAUAAAACGGAAAGGGGCAAAUUAGCGCGUUUUAAGUGGUCGAAUUUAAUUUCUCCCCCUAUCUUUAUACUAAAUUAACAGAGUUAGACAACGCAACCACACAGAAAGAGAGAGACACAGAGGAGUUCCAGUGUUGGACAGUGCUUAAAUCAGAGCCAUCAGCUGUUGCUAGCCACAUUGGAAAAUUGUUUACAAAACAUUUUGAAAUAAUUCAUACAAGCAGAAAUGACAAAUUUCGUUGUUAAGCUGCUGCAACGCACCCAACUGUCCCACAGCCAAGUGGAUGUAAAGCCCUUCAUCUAUGCCCGGAGCAACUGGCUGGACGACGAGGCCGAGUUUCACUUUUUGUCCACAUUCAACAACCAAAAUUAUAAAGGCAGCCUGAAAUAUACGGAAAUACGAAGUGCCGCCAAUGAUCUCGAGCUGGAGUACGAGACAUUCCUUACCGAAUGCAAGAACGCCCUCACGACACACAUGGGACUGACCGGAUUCGAUUACGAGAUAUCCCAGGACGACGAGCAGCAACAGGUCUUCAAACUGUACAAAUGCGCCGGCUAUGAGACGCUAUACCUGGACAUCCCGCUCAAAAAAGUAUCCAACUGCUAUCAGCUGCUGGAUGCAGCCAUUGAUCUGGGCCACCAGCAGGCAACGUCGGCUCCUUCCACAGAUCUUGACCCGUUAACAAAAUGUACGGUCGAAGAGUACGAGAAAUACGUGACGUCAACGAAACUAAAGGAAUCGCAAAUGCUCAAAAAGUUUAUUCUGCUUAUAAAUAGCAAAAAGGCACACAUCAGAGAUCUGAAGAGACAACUGGAGGAGCGACCCGAUAAGCAUUCCAAGCAGAGGAUAAUCUCUGACAAUGAAGACACCGAUGAAGACGGUGAGGAGGAGGAGGAGGAGUUUGGGGCGGCCACGCAAGCAAUGGAUAGUGAAAAGGACUCGUAG